AGAAAACUAUCUUUUGUUUCUUUUUGUCUCUCUCUUCUGUCGUUCUCGUUAGAUCGUGAUCAUGCUGGCGAUCUUGCUGAUCUUGUCGCUCCUGGGAAGCUUAAGCUUUGCCAAUGCUCAGGAAUCAUCAAGCGGCGGCGAUGGUGGCAGUGGGCUCAAGCACAAAUUCUACGCGCUCUCGUGCCCCCAGGCAGAGGAUAUUGCUCGAAGAACGCUCCAACGAAACAGGAUGAGCGAUCCCACCGCCCCUGCGGCGCUCCUCCGCGUCGUCUUCCAUGAUUGCCAGGUUGAGGGAUGCGAUGCUUCGAUUCUACUCGAGACAUCUUCCGCGAUGACCGCCGAGACCGUGUCGGAGAAGAAUUUCUCCAUUCGCCGCUUGGAUUACAUUCACGACAUCAAGGCCGCCAUUGAAAAGGAAUGCCCCGGCAUCGUCUCUUGCGCCGACAUCAUCGUUAUGGCUGCCAGGGACGCCAUCGCAAUGUCUGGUGGUCCACAAAUCUCGAUCGAAACUGGGCGAAGAGACACUCUCUUCGCCAGUAACUUAAACGCGGACGAAGCGCUGCCCCCUCCAACAUUGACUGUGAGUGAGAUGCUCGACACUCUCGCGGAAAAAGGCCUUGACAUCGAAGAGAGCGUCGCCAUCUUAGGAGCUCACACAUUGGGCGUUGGGCACUGCCUGAAUUUCAUCAAUCGCUUCGAUCCCCAGGACAAUGGCCCCCAGAUGUCGCCCUUCUUCUCCACGGCGCUCAGGGUCUUGUGCCAAUCACCCCCUUCGAUGAGCAAUGCCACAUUCGCGCCCAACGAUCUCACCAAUUUCAUGUUUGACAACCAGUACUUCCGCGAUCUGCAAGGCCAGCGCGGAUUGCUCACCGUGGACGCGGAGCUCGCCAUCGAUCCACGCACCAAGAAGCAUGUCGAUCUCUUCGCGCUCAAUCAGCUCCUCUUCUUCGCCAAAUUCAGCGACGGCUUCGUCAAGCUCACCAGCUUCAAUGUGCUCACGGGCAGCGAUGGUGAGAUUCGGAGGGAUUGCCGGGCUGUGAAUCGAGAGCCCUAGGAGAGCUCUGAUCUUGGGGACGUAAAAAAAGAUUUCACGAUGAGCGA